AUGGGGAAAAAGAAGUUGGUUAAGGAAUACCUCAUUUCGGCGAAUGGACAAAAGAAAUUUAUACAAUCAGACGCUGCCACAAACGACCGCGCCAAAAAACGUGGUGUACAGUAUGCUACCGAGCGUGCAGGAAACGGAAAAGAUGUAUCUCCAGCGAAGCGGUCAAAACAAGCUAGUCCAAAAACCAACCAAUCAGGAUGGGUUGUAGAGACCGUUGAGUGCCAUCCCAGUACGGAGGGUAAUUCAGCGGAAAAGGGGAACGCUAAACCGGUUAACGGUAAUAAAAUUGGCAGUAAGCAAGGCUCAAGCUUUAAAGCAAGCCCCAAAACGCAAGUUGUAGCUUACAAGAGAAAUGCUUGCCCGGUCGACGGGUUUGACUCGGACGAAAGCGAUUGGAGUACUGAUGACUCUUCAGAUAGUGAAAAUUGUGCCCUGUUUAAUUCUGACGCUAAUGAAGGUGAAGAUAAUAUUUCGUUUGAAUCGAGUUCGUACGAUAGUGAUUAUGGUCACGUAGAGGAGGACGACAACAUUUCGUCUUAUGAGAGCGACAGUUUCGAUGAGGAAGACGAUGAUUCGUCCGAAGGUAGUUCCAGUUCGGAUGAUGACUUACGGAAAUACAUAUUCGACCAGGAACAUUACAACAGUGACAGCGAUGAAGAUUAUGAACAAACCAAGCACGAUGAUACUGUUCAUAUACCGUUGGGUGCAGCCGUUAUGCACGAUUUGCCCGACGACGCCGUCCAGUUUGAUCCAUCCUGCACACAUGGGCAGAUAAUUGAACUUCCGCCUACCGCUAAUGUCUCGAAAGAGGUGGACAAACCCUGCGAGGCAAAGCAAGUAGAAAAGGUCGAAGAAGAGAAGGAAGAGCUUGAUGAGUCGGAAGGUGAAGAUUCCAGAUCGAUUCUCAAAUCCGAACCGACGAAGUCGAAGAAUUCGGAAUAUACAUUUUACAACGCGGUGGACUUACGAAUGGCACUCGCCGUACUCAAAGCUCCCAUCUACAUCUGUGGCCACCUGUCCGUGCAAAUACUGUGUGGAAAAAUUGAAAUGUGGGGCUACACACUGGAAACGGCCGAAAAAAGAACGGUGUAUGCGUCCGAAGGAUACAAUGCCAUCAAUAUAACUCCCGUGCCAAGCCCGGACACGUACAGCAAAGGUGUUUUGCAUAACAUCUGCAAAAAGCUCAAACCACAUUUCAUCGCGUCCGAUAUAGACGAGCUGAUGAAGCAGUAUGAUCCGGCCAACAGUGUGCUUGUGUUGCUACGGGCGGACACGUUCAAUGCGAGCGAUACGGUUCCGUUAGUAUGUAAGCUGCUACCAGACAUGCAUCUGUUUCCGACCUCGCUUACUCUGGACCACACGUCGCCCUACAGUACGACGGAAGUUUUACUAGAGAUAGCCCUGUUUCCCCCGACAGUGAAGAACGUUCCACUGUUUCAAACAAACCCGGCUUGGGACGCGAUACAACUGAAACCGGAUAGCCGUCUGAUGGUGGUCGGUGGUAAAGGUUCGGGCAAAUCAACACUCUGUCAGUAUUUGAUCAACAGGCAUAUCAAACACUUUGGACGUAUCCUGCUCGUAGAUCUAGAUAUUGGCCAGCCGUUGCUCUUUUUGCCGGAAACGAUAAGCGCUAGCGUCGUGCAGGAACCGAUCCUCGGUGUGGGAUGUUUCGCGACUGUGCAACCGCACAAAUGCCAUCUGUUCGGGAGUUUAAAUGUUGUUUCAUCGCCGUUGCUGUACGUGCAGAAUGUGCGGUCGCUCGUACAGUACUGCGCCGAGCAUCCUGAUCUAUGCGGCAUACCAUGGAUCAUUAAUACGAUGGGCUAUGUGGCGGGGUUCGGCGAGGAGCUAACGACCGCGAUUGUACGACUCGUACAACCCACGGAUGUCGUACAGCUGACGUUUACGAAGCAGUCGAAAAAAUUAGCAUCAUUUGCCAAAACGCAAAAUUACGCCAAUCAGCUAAAGGCUGAACUGGUGAAUGAGUUUAAAUUUAAUAUCUUGUACGACGAGGUUAAGGUGCAACCGAAUCCCGUCCACUACAGUUUCCACUCGUUGGAUGUCACCUAUGAGCCGGGCAAAUUGUCCUUCUUUCCGCCCAAACGGCGCACCAUAGCGAUCAUGGCCCAGCUGGUAAAGAUUUUGGACGAUGCUGCCGAAACGUUUGCCGACGUUAAACCGCACGUAGCUCGUGUAAAUGAUCUGCAAAUUUUAAUCACACGUGACGAACAUCGCCCUUCGCAAGAUAUGUUGUUGCGCACACUGAAUGCCACGUUGGUGUAUCUUUGCGAAAAGGAUGAAAAAGGCCAGUACAACUGCAGCGGAGUGGGAAUUGUGCGCAGUGUGGAUGACGAAAACAUUUACCUGUUACAUGCCCUGUCAGCGGAGCGGUUGGCAAAAAUUACUGUGCUUGCACUUUGCAACACAAGCCUGCCGGGUCAGGUAUAUUUACAGCCCAGCCCAAACGUCGAAGUUACGAUCCCGUAUCUGCAAAAUAUGGCCCACACAAGCCAAUCGGCUUAG